AUGCACGUAAAGGAAAUAAACCGUUGUGGGCCUGGUCUAGCAUCAUCCAAGGUGGCUGACUUUAUCAACACCACGUCAAGGGAGUGGAGUAUUCCAAAACUGAAGCAGGUCUUAAGUGAGGAAGAAGCUCUGUCCAUUUCGCAUAUCCCAAUUUCCAAAAUUGAUACUGAGGACUGCAUGCUUUGGGAUUUCACUACUAAUGAACUUAAGUUUUCCCCAAAGCUGAAGCAUUUCUGGUGGAAGGUUUGUAGAAAUCGUCUGGCUACAAAGGAGAACUUGAUGCGUAGGAAUUGUGCCAAUAAUCCCAUGUGCCCAAUGUGUGGCAAGCACAGUGAAUCUAUUGAACAUCUCCUCUUCCACUGUAAAUGGGCAAAGAAUGUGUGGUUUAAAAGCCCAAUCUCUGGGGGGAUUUUUCCAAAUAAUAUCAAUUCUCCUCUCUCCUGGUCAAUCGCUGCUAAAGAAAAGAUGGAUACGGGGUCUUGGAGCAGUGAUUUUUUGGCAAAAGCAAUCUUUAUUGCUUGGUAUAUCUGGAUCGCCAGAAAAGAAAUGGUCUUCCAGGACAAGAUUGGGCCUCCUCAUGGAACGAUGGCUCGAGCUUUGGGUGCGUGGGGUGAAUUCAAGGCUGCCAAAGAAGCUGUCCAGAUUCAUGUUCCUCCCUCUGACAGGCCUCCCCCAGCUCCCAAACUUUGGGCAGCCCCCCCUCCCGGAACGCUUAAGAUCAACUGUGAUGCUUCUUGGACGGAGGCUGCUCAAAAAGGUUGGGGGGGCAUUAUUCUCAGGAACUCUAGAGGGUGUUUGCUUGAUGUGUCGAUUGAAAGUGAUUGUGCUAGUCUUAUCUCCCUAAGUGUUUCGGAAUUAGUUCCACCGUGGGAGGUGUCGGCUUUGAUUACUGAUAUUCGUAAGAUAGGUGCAGAAUUGGAGUUAUCUUUCUGCUGGACUCCAAGGGAAGGAAAUGAAGCAGCCCACUGGAUAGCUUCCUCCAGGGCCUCAACUUUAGGUUGCAAUUGGGUGUCCACUCCACCUGUUCCUCUUUUGUCUAUUCUCUGUAAUGAUGCUUCUAUUUAUCAAUGA